AUGAAGUGCCUCGCUUUGCUUGCUCUGCUGCUCGUGUCUUCGGUGUCGCUGGCGGAGGACUCGUCCACCGCCGCGCCGUGCGACCCCGAGACUUGCAAGCUGCCGCACUGCCGGUGUUCCAGCACCGACAUACCGGGGGGACUCGCUGCUCGGGACACUCCGCAGUUCGUAGUGGUGGCGUUCGAGGACAGCGUGCACGAAGAGAACAUAGUGACGUACCGCCGCGUGCUGUACAACCGCCGCAACUCCAACGGCUGCGCGGCCAGCGCCACCUUCUUCGUGAGCCACCUCUACACCAACUAUGUGUUCGUCAAUGAGCUCUACAACCGCGGCCACGAGGUGGCGCUGCACUCCAUGACACACAUGAACCCGUCCACAUACUGGCGCGAUGCCACCUAUGAUGUCAUCAAACAAGAGUUUGCUGACCAGAGAGUACAGAUGUCGCACUUCGCCAACAUUCCCUACGACUCUAUCACCGGCAUGCGGCUGCCCUUCCUCCAGCUGUCUGGAGAUAACAGUUACAGGGUGAUGUCAGACUACGGGCUGAAAUACGACAGCAGUUGGGCCACCAACGCGUUCACCAACCCUGCGCUGUGGCCCUACACGCUGGACUACCAGUCCACGCAGGAUUGCCUCGCUCCUCCGUGUCCCAACGCCUCUAUCCCCGGCGUGUGGGUCAAACCCAUCAUUCCAUGGGUCGACCUCGACGGCAACCCUUGCUCCUUGGUACACGAGUGCUACAACUCGCCUGACCGCUUCAACGAGACAGAAUGGUUCCAGUUUUUCCUAAGCAACUUCGAGAGGCACUAUUUCGGUAACCGAGCUCCAUUCGGAGUGUUCCUCCUCGAAGCCAUCCUCUACCCGUUCCCAGCUGUGCAGAACGCGCUCGAGCGGUUCCUGGAUGUUAUCAACAACCUGGAAGACGUCUUCAUGGUGACUGCUGACGAGGUCAUCGAGUGGGUGAAGAACCCGGUCCCAGUCAACGAGUACAGGACGCAGGCCUGUCGCCAGUUCAUACCUACCACCUGCGUGGCUUCACAGUGCGAGGUCAUCUCCAGCUACGACGGAAGAGAAUAUGAAUUUGAAUCGUGCAAUGUGUGUCCCCGUGUCUACCCGUGGCUCGGCAAUCCCCUGGGCCAGUAA